UCGCCGCCGUUUUCCUAACGUAAGAAAUGCGAAGUACCAACUUCCGCUUCCGGUUGGCUCCGGCUGGAAGGUUGAAUACUGAAUGUCCUGAGAGGUCAGAGUGCUGUCAGGCUCUUGAGCUAAGAAUGGUUUUUACAGAUGAAGAUUUGCAGUCAUUUUGAAAAUAAGGAAUGCUGACUUUGAGAUUCAGACAUGGCCCCAGGGCAUGGGCAUGUACAGGAACAUGGUCACAGCAAGCUGGAGCUACCUGAUUACAGACAAUGGAGAAUCGAGGGGACCCCAUUAGAAACUAUCCAGAAGAAGCUGGCUGCACAGGGACUCAGGGAUCCAUGGGGCCGCAAUGAAGCUUGGAGAUACAUGGGUGGCUUUGCAAACAACGUUUCCUUUGCUGGUGCACUCCUGAAAGGGUUCAAGUGGGGAUUUGCGGCAUUUGUGGUGGCUGUUGGGGCUGAAUAUUACCUGGAGUCCCUGGAUAAGGAGAAGAAGCAUCACUGAGGAGGGUACCCGGAAGUAUCCUAGUGACUUCUUAACUUGUGAAAGUAAGGUUUCUCCGCUGUAGCCGAGUUAUCUGUGUGUGUCCCUUAGAGAAUGCUGGUUAGCGCAAAUAAAGAAAACACAUGCCAGUC